CUCGCAGAACCCGAGUUGAGAGGGGUGGCAAGAACGCUCAUCGACGCGCUCGUCUACCUCAAGAAAGAGCUCGUCCUUCACCGCGACAUCAAUCCAACAAAUAUCAUAAUUACACAACACGGGCGGAUUAAGUUGUCCGGUUUUGGUGCGGCUGUCAAACUACUGUCCGCAGACACUACCAUCGAUGAGUUCUGUGGCUCGGCAAAUUACGUGUCUCCGGAAAUCCUGUCAGGAAGGCCGUACAGCUUUGCAGCCGACCUGUGGUCCGUUGGUUGCGUUUUUGUCACAUGCCUGUCGGGUGCCCCAGCGUUCCAUGCAAGCAACCCGGACGACGUGUACCACAAAAUAUGCAACGUACAGUAUACGCUCCCCAUUUCGGCCAGUUUAGAGGUUCAGGAUUUGAUAUCAUCGAUCUUGCAGAAAAACUCUCAAGACCGUGCGGCGUUGCACCGAAUUCCCUCCCAUAUGUUCUUUGAAGCAUCUCUC